GGCAGGGUUGAACUGUAACAAAAGUGCAAUAUUUUCACACUUUUAGCGCUUUAAUUGAAUUAAAACCACGUCUUCUGUUCUCAAGAGGAAGAUUACAGGUUUGCCGCCAUGUGGAUCCAGGUGCGCACUAUGGAUGGCAAGGAGACCCAUCGGGUGGACUCCCUGUCCAAGCUCACCAAGGUGGACGAGCUACGUGUGAAGAUCGCCGAGCUCUUCAAUGUCGAAGCUGAGAGGCAGCGACUCUUUUACAGGGGCAAACAGAUGGAAGACGGCCACACAAUCUUCGACUAUAAUGUUGGGUUAAACGACAUCGUGCAACUUCUGGUGCGUCAAAAGCUCACGUCGGCGCCGCUGCCGAAGGACAAAGAGGCAGAGCUGUCCGACUCUGACUCCGGCUGCGGAUCGGCCCAGAGCGAGUCCGAUAAGAGCUCCACUCACGGUGAGAGCGACGGCCAAGGCGCCGGGACCUCGGGCCAGACUGACACGCCGGAUCUCAUCGACCCUGGCUUUGGCUUUUACAAGAUCAAUGAGUUUGUGGACGCUCGAGACUUGAACAUGGGUGCCUGGUUUGAGGCGCAGAUUGUCAAUGUGACGAAAACGACAAAGUCUUCGAGUGAACACGGAGGAUCUGAUGGGGAAGAGGAGAUAAUUUACCAUGUCAAAUAUGAAGAUUACCCUGAGAACGGCGUGGUGCAGCUGUGUGGGAAAGACGUCCGACCGCGGGCGCGCACCGUCUACCAGUGGCACCAGCUGGAGCAGGGCAUGAUCGUGAUGGUGAACUUCAACCCGGACGAGCCCAAGGAGCGCGGCUACUGGUACGACGCCGAGAUCCAGAGGAAGAGAGAAACACGCACCCAGCGCGAGGUUUACGGCAAGAUCCUGCUCGGAGACGCUGGCGAUUCUCUCAACGACUGUCGGAUCAUGUUUGUAACCGAAAUCUACAAGAUCGAGGAGCCAGGAAGUUCGGAGGGUCCAGGAGCCUCUUCUGACAGCCCUCUCAAGAGGUCGAACGGACCUGAGUGCAAGGUCUGCAAAGACGACCCGAAGAAGAACUGCCGCAUGUGCAACUGUCACGCUUGCGGCGUGAAGCAGGAUCCCGACAAACAGCUGCUGUGCGACGAAUGCGACAUGGCGUUUCACACAUACUGCCUGAACCCGCCGCUCACCACCAUCCCUGAGGACGAGGACUGGUAUUGUCCUGAAUGCCGUAAUGACGCCAGUGAGGUGGUUCUGGCCGGAGAGAAGCUGAAGGAAAGCAAGAAGAAGGCCAAGAUGGCGUCGGCGAGCUCGUCCAGUCAGAGAGACUGGGGGAAGGUGAGUGAAUCCGGCAUUCACAGGCCUCACGUCGCUGGGAUUCACGGCAGGAGUAACGACGGCGCUUAUUCUCUGGUUCUCGCCGGGGGCUACGAAGAUGACGUGGACGACGGUAACGAGUUCACCUACACGGGAUCCGGGGGUCGCGACCUCUCGGGAAACAAGAGAACGGCCGAGCAGUCCUGCGAUCAGAAGCUCACCAACAUGAACAGGGCUCUUGCUCUGAACUGCAACGCGACGGUGAACGAGAAGGAAGGCGCCGAGGCCAAAGACUGGAAGGCUGGGAAACCCGUGAGAGUCGUGCGCAGCUCCAAAGGACGCAAACACAGCAAGUACAGUCCCGAAGAUGGCAACCGCUACGACGGCAUUUACAAGGUGGUGAAGUAUUGGCCAGAAAAGGGCAAGUCCGGCUUCCUCGUUUGGAGAUACUUGCUGAAACGUAACGACGAUGAACCUGCGCCGUGGACCCGCGACGGGAAAGAGCGCAUUAAGAAACUGGGGCUCACCAUGCAGUAUCCUGAAGGUUAUCUGGAAGCCGUAGCUGCGAAAGAAAAGGAGAAAGAGAACAAAAACGACGACGACGACGUUGAAGAAAUGCCCACCAAGGGCAAGAGGAAGAGGAAAUCCCAGACCGUGGACGAGAAGAGCUCUCCGGCCAAAAGCACGCCUAAGAAGAUGAAAGUGGAGGCGUACAAACUGAGCAAAGAGCAGAAGGCCUUGAUCAAGGACGACGAGCUCAACAAGAAGCUGUGGGACGAAGCCAUGGAGUCUCUCAACCUCGGACCUCGCUUCAUCAACAAAGUGGAGGAAGUUUUCCUGUGCAUCUGCUGCCAAGAAGUCGUCUAUCAGCCCAUCACCACAGAAUGCCAACACAACGUCUGCAGGGAAUGCCUUCAGCGAUCUUUCAAAGCCGAGGUCUACACCUGUCCAGCCUGCCGACACGACCUGGGCAAAAACUACCAAAUGACGGUGAACAAACCUCUCCAAGCCAUCCUCACUCAGCUCUUCCCCGGAUACAGCAGCGGCCGGUGUUGACGCUGAUGCUGUCGGCACGGCGACGCGGUGCGACAGAAUUUUACGAACGAAACAUGGAUUUGUUUUUU